AAGGCAGAGUGGGACCAGGUGAUGGUCUACCUCUUCUGCUCAGACACUAAGCUGCAGAAGUAUGCACUAGACCGAGUUACUGCCUGGAGGAGUCGCUGUGGCAAUAACUCCCUCUUGCGGUGGCCUGCACAGCUGACCUGGUGAGAUGCAAGGUUUUGGAUGAGAACAGCACUGUGGGCUCCCAAGAAUUGUCUUUCUUAUGGCAUGGCAUUGGUUUGAGGUUUGUGAAUCUUAUAACUGAGCCAAAACAAAAACUGUCCAAUGUUCCUUUGAGACGCCCUGGCAUGUGAAAUGCAUAUCCCAGAGUGGAUCAUAAACCUUCGUCAUGAUUUCACUCACAGGAAACUUCCCAGGCUGAGUGCUUGUAGAAGAGGUGUGACUUUGUCUUAGACUGGCUUCGGCGUGUCUACUGGUGUGCGCCAAUAGGAGUGACCUGUCUGAGCCCCUUGAAUUCAAAGAGGAUUUCCGGGAUGUAGAGGAGGGGGAGUAAUCAGGGAAUCCACUUUCUAAACGGGCCAGGAAAGAAAGAGAAAUAUAUGAAAGAAUCGGAAAGUGCUGUGGUCUCCUAUGAAGAAGAGCAAUUUAGGAGUGCUCAGAGACCUAAGCAGCUGCCUAAGGUUAUCAAGGCUUGGGGAACCGCAUCCAAGAGGUCGAAUGGAUGGUGUCAAAAAUGAAGAAGCUGACAGAUAACAACGGGCCAUUUGUGAUAAACAUCUUGCUAAGUGACGGGUUUCCUCAUUCCUACGCAGAGCAGCUAGAAGCUUUGCAGAUCCAACCAGCAAGAACCAUGAAUCUGGCCAACCUUGUAUUGCCCCGGUGCUUUUCUCACUUCUGGCAGCCCCUUUUGAAGGGCUUAGAAUCCCAGGAAUUCACCCAGGCUCUCCUGGAAAGGAUGUUCACGGUGCUUCCAGAAUUUGGGGACACAGGGAUCCGGCCAGCCUACCUCAUCAGUUGGAUCAGUGAACUGCUAGUGGUCUAUGGCCCCCGUGGGGAACACUUCACUUCUAGCCAGCGUGCCAUCCGGAAAACAUGGAAGAUUGUGUGCCACAACUUCACCUUGAAUUGGUCCCAGUGCUUGAUGUCUGCUUGGAUUGUGCCUGCUGGGCCACUCCCCCUAUCCUCCAACUGGUCCUCAAGACCAUGGAACCAGCCUUCCCCCUGGACACUCAAGAGAAGCUUAUGUGUCUCUGCACCAUCUACACCCAGGGUGGGAACCCUAACUCCAGACCAAGGUCCAGGGGAGACUCUUUGUCCUCAAGGAGGCCUGUCUACACUCUGGAAGAUCUGCAGUGGCAGGUGAAGCAGUCUAUGUUGAGGGAUCGGCAGAGAAGUAAUGAGGAUGAACCGGAGACUGAGAUGGAAGAUCUUUUUCCCAAGACAGAGGAAGAGGCUGAGGCUGAGCAGAAGCCAGAACCAAAGGCCCCACUGAAGGAGAGCCCUGAGGCUCUAGCAGAAAAGCAGGCUGGAUUGGAAGGCUCUGACUGGCAGCUUUGCACAGAUGACAUAGACUGGAGUAAAUAUCCCAUCGGCAGGGUUCCUGGCCAGACGGAUGACCCCAAUGAGCUCAUGCUGGACAACUACACUAUGAUAUCUGUUGUGGAUCAACCUAUAAUCCAGGAGAAUGACGAUUUUCCCUCUUCGUCAACACAUGAUUCCACGAACCAGGGAGCCAGGGAUGGCUUACUGUGGACCCAGAGUGAACUACAUCACAUUAAAACCAACAUUAAGUUCUUCUAACUUGAGACUGGGAAGGGCAAUCCCUUUUCCUUUAUGCAGAUGCUACCCCUUCCUUCCCCUUGGAAACCAAGGUCUGUCCUGUGGUUCCCAGCCCACCUCCACCCCCGCCCAGUGGACUUUGGUGUAGCAUCACAGAUGCAUCUAGUAUUCCUGAGCCUCUCCCACACUGUACCUAACCUGAGGUCUCCCUUUAGACCUCAGGCAACAGCCAACCCCCCACCAGUUUAUCCUAGUGACCCCUCGCCACCCCAGGGCAAGUAUUAUCCAGGCUCUGGUUGCUGGUACUGAACUAUAACAAGUGUCAGCCACUUGGAUAAAAAAUUUGACUUUUGCUCCAGAGGAAAAAAAAAAUGAAGCUCAAAGUCAUACAAGUGACAAUGACUGAAAAAAAAAUGAAACAAAUUUAAAUUAUCAUUUAAAACAAAUCACUCAAAAAAGAAUUUUCAAGCCCUCUGGAGCCACUGCUCUAUUGUCGACAAGCCUCCCCCCACCCAGCUCCCUUCCUCUUUCCAUCUUUUACUGCUUUCUAGUAAUCCUGGCUUUCUCCUGAAGACACCUCCACUGAUGGUAGCUCCUUUUCUAAUCUCAUCUCCACCCCCCAAAUAGUAAGCAUAGCCUUACUCCCUGGUACCCCUUUGACAAUCUCCGUGUCUUAUCACUAAGAAUCAAUCUCUUCUUUAAAAUUCAAUUGAUUUUUCUCCAUUUACUUUUUUUAAAAAAAUCUUUUUUUUAAUUGAAUUUUAUUUUCAGUUCUGAAUUCUCUACCUCCUCCAUCACCCUUUCCCCUUCAUUGAGAAGACAAGAAAAACAAAACCCA